CCGUUAUGAAGAGCUGCCUGAGCGAGAUCCAGUGACAUAUGGCGCACUCUCUGCUUCUUUUGUCGGUAUUAGCGUCGCUUUUAGCCUUGGGAUGCCCCAAAGAGUACUGCCAAAAGGAUGGCUGCCCGUCUGAGAGUGAGCUUCCCGCUGGUGGCGGUGGUGGCGGCCAAGACACAUCUAUGCAGAGUUCUUCAACUUUUUGGGACGCCAUGGCUAGUGUGAAGGACACGGUAAUGCUUGCGUACAAAAAGACUGUCCAAGGCGUGUAUAACAAGACUGCAGAGAGGUAUGCAGAGGUUGUUGACAAUUUGGUUGACGACAUCUCAGAAAACGUCCGUCGUGUAUUUCAAGAGGAGUUCAAUACCUAUCUUACACAUGCGUGGGAGUCAGUCAUUGGAACAACCCCUGACAAUGAUUCUACGGUGUUAUGGAAGGUCAGGAAGGCUGCAAAGAUAUGGAUGUUGAUGGCUGGAAUCAUCAUCUUCUGUCUUAUACUGCACUACCUCUUAUGGAAAAUCUCCAACAACAUCUUCACUGCCGUUAUUAACGCUGUUACACUGCAGACUACAGUGGCUGUAGUUUACAAGUUACUAGGACCAGAGUUGUUAUAUUGGGGCUUCUUCAGAGUGGCUUUGUGUGCAUGGUAUACUUUAGAUUUUGUAUGGGCCUACCUGUAUAUUUCAACUGGAAUCGUCAGCCUGUUGUGUGUGGGUGGGAACAUCUACCAGUGGAGGAGGAGAGUUCAAAAGAAGGAAUGGAUGAGUAACAUGAUCAGGAAUAUGGACAGGCGACUUCAGGUGAUGGAAGAACAGAACAAGAAUAUGGGGAAACAACUGAAUAAGAUAGUGGAGCAGAAUGAGAGAUUACAGAGUCAACUGGCCCAACCUUCAGCCUCACACUAGGUCUCCUAUGAUUUGCGAGAUAGGAUUUAGUUUCUAUUUUGAAACUUUGGUUAGAUAGUGAAUUUGCUGUUUUUAAGUAGCUACAUACAUGCUGUUAAUGUUUAUAUGUGACCAUUGAAAGUGCCAGUAGUAAGCUGAAGAGAAAACCAGUAUGUGAGGGGCUAGAAGACACUUGUCCACUGAGAGUGGCAGCUGUUGGUCCCAUGACCACUGCCCUAGUGUCUCCACUGGACUGGUCCCCCAGAACUACCACAUAGUGCCUCUUGCCAGGGACCGUGACGAGUUCGAUCUCAGUCGUGUGAGCUACUUCUGGAUCAUGGAUGACA